UUUAAUUUUUUUGCUUUCUGUGAUCGGUUGUGCGUCUUUAACACUUCUUCCUUGUUUUAUUCUUAAAUCUUCUAGAGUGAAUUGUGUCGGAUCGGGAACCAAAUUCAGUCAAAAGUAGCAACAUAAAAUGAAUUAUAUUGAGCCAACCUGUGCGGCAAGAAGCCUUGGACCCGCGAAUAAUUUGGUCAACACAUUCCUUUCUACAAUAUUGACCUUUCAUUGUAGUUUAACUACUCCAGAUAGUUGGCCACCAGAUUAUGGAGAGACCGCGUUGAAAUAUGGCCUCAAUGAUUACGACUUCAUUGUUGUCGGAUCAGGAACAGCAGGAUCAGUGGUUGCAGGACGAUUAGCAGAAAAUAUCAACCAUAAAGUUCUACUUUUGGAAGCUGGUGGAGAUCCGCCGAUAGAAUCAGAGAUCCCUGGGCUAGUAGGCGCUACUGUGGGAAGUGAAAUCGAUUGGAAGUACCCAACGAAACCGAAUCGAUUAUCCUGUUUGGCACUUAAGAAUGAAUAUUGCACAUGGAACAAAGGCAAAGUGUUAGGCGGUUCACACUCUAUUAAUGGCAUGGCUCAUCUUCGUGGUAAUUCUCGCGAUUAUGACACUUGGGAACAACUAGGGAAUCCGACAUGGGGAUGGAAUAGCAUCCAGAAAUAUUUCCAGAAGACUGAGAACUUCACUGGAGACAACCGUUUUGGGGCUCACGGAACAUCUGGUCCAAUGAAUGUUGAGGGAUAUCAAUCACCGAAAAUUGAUCAGUAUUUGAUUGUACAAGCGGCAAAGGAGUUGGGUUACAAAGAAGUUGACGACUUUGUAGCUGGAAAUUUCUUAGGAUUUGGUAAAGUUUAUGGAACCUUGAAGGAUGGAAGAAGAAUGAGUACCGCGAAAGCAUUUUUGAGUAAGCCAAAACCUAAUCUACAUAUUAUCAAGCAUGCUAUGGCACGGAAAAUUCAACUUAGUCCUGGCUUAAAAGCGGAGGGAGUAGAUUUUGUAUACAAAGGUAAGCAUGAAUUGAAGGCAUUAGCCCGGAAAGAAGUGAUUGUAUCAGCCGGGACAAUUGAGACACCAAAACUGUUGAUGCUGUCGGGUAUCGGACCUAAGAUGCAUCUAAGCUCAAUGAAUAUUCCUGUUCGUAAGGACCUUCCCGUCGGCGAGAACUUGCAGGAUCAUAUCAGGGCCUAUUUGUACUUAAAACUGAAAUACGACGAGAAGCUUGGGCUAAAUUCUAACUUUAUGGAUAUGUUCUACAGUCAAUGGGUGCACCGGAAUGGACCCUUAGGUAUGGCUGGUUUGGAUGUAGCAGGUUUCAUCGAUACUGUCGGAGACGGUAAAUACCCAGAUGUUCAACUAAUUUUUGGACCAAUUGGCAAUGCGAAGUUAUUUGGAUUCGAUUAUAAGUCGCACAUUCGUGAAAGUAUUAUCAAACAAAUUGACGAAUCCGAUCGAUUUUUGGCAGUCUCCGUUGUUCUAUUGCGUCCUAAAUCGAGAGGUUACCUUCGACUUCAAAGCGGUGAAUAUGAGAGAAAUCCACUAAUUGUUACAAAUGAUUUGAUGGAGGAUUCGGAUGUAAUGACGAUUGUUCGAGGUAUCAACAAGCUUCUGGAAUUCGAAAAUACUCCAACUUUUAGAGGUCUUAAGGCAGAGUUUCUAAAAGUGAAUCUUCCGGAAUGCGACUUGCAUGGGUAUAAGACCAUCAAAUAUUGGCAAUGCUAUGUGCGGUAUAUGUCAAGCACCAUCCAUCACGCGGUAGGUACGGCGAAAAUGGGACCAAGGACCGAUAGGACCGCUGUUGUCGACCCCGAGCUCAAAGUGCAUGGAGUGGAAGGGUUGAGAGUAAUCGAUGCAAGUAUAAUGCCCACUGAAGUGAGUGCCAACAUAAAUCCUGCAGUGAUAAUGUUAGCCGAGAAAGGGGUAGAUUUUGUUAAAAACCGCUGGAAGUAAUAAAAAGGAUACUGAAGGAAAUAGCCAAACGUAUUUUA